GGAAACAUCUCCGCCAUGACUUGACCUUGACCUGAUAGCUUUCUUCGAUAUAUUGUGACCGAACCUCUCUCCUUACAACAAUCAACCAUAUCACAUUCAUCUCUACAGUCACAAUGGCCAACGAAGGACGCAUCGCCACUCUGGACUCAACCAUCGCCGAUAGGCUCCCUGUCUACUCCAAGACUCUCUUUGACGGAAAGGCCGCCAAGGACCUGAGCUUUGAGGCGAUUGCAAAGCAUCUAGGCCGUAGCGAAGUUGCAGUGGCAGCAUUGUUCUACGGACAGGCCACCGCCUCGCCUGAGGAUGUUGAGAAACUAUCAGAGAUCCUUGACCUUCCAAAGGAGACGUUGGCUGCCCAACUAACGGGCUUCCCCAACCGUGGCCAGGCUGGACCCAUGCCUCCCACCGAGCCUCUCAUCUACCGACUGUAUGAGAUUGUUCAGAACUACGGAUAUGCCUAUAAGGCUAUUCUUAAUGAGAAGUUCGGAGAUGGUAUUAUGAGUGCUAUUUGCUUCUCGACUACCGUGGAUAAGGAGGUGGAUGAGGCAGGCUCACCAUGGGUCGUUAUCACAUUGAAGGGCAAAUGGCUUCCUUUCAGUCGUUUCUAAGUAUUGUUCUUGUUUAAAAUUGGGUUGGCACGUCGCGGCAUGGCCGUGAUGCAUAUUAUGCCGCUUAGAAGAAUGACCACUCAGAUAUCAAUUGCUGUAA